AUGUUCAAACGAGAAAUGAUAGAUACGUCUCUCCUCUCGCCGCCACCAGCACCGGCAAGUAGAACAACAAAACCUAGUAAUGAUAAUACUGCCACGACCAUGUGUGGUGCCUGGAAGGCCAAUGCCAGUUGCAGUUGUGGAAAAGUCAAGGCAAGGAUUCAGACUCUUGACGACGACGAGGCCCCACCUCCGAUGCGAUUGGUAUGUUACUGUCGAGAUUGCCGUGGAUACUUUGAGACACUGCUGAAUCAAAGAAGAAUGCAACUAUCGCCGCAAUUAUCAUCGUGCAAGACUUGUAUGAAUGUCAACAAGACUGGCAAUGGCGCUGUUGGAGAAGAAGAGGAAGAAGUAGAAGAAGAGAUGAAUGAGGAGGCGGACGAAAGAAAAAGAGAACAAACGGAUGCUUGGGUGAUUGACGAAUGGGGAGGUGUGAAUUGGACCUGCUUGUACCCAAGAGACAUUCAAAUGGUCCAAGGAACGGAUUUGCUCAAGGUAGUCAAGAUUCGACAAGGUUCCAAGAUUCGACAAGUACAUUCGACUUGCUGUCAUUCUCCAAUCUUUCGUAUUGGUAGUGUUUCGCUGCUUGUCAAUUCCAAUAUCAUCGAGUCGGAGCAAGAAGACACAACAACAAUUUUUCUUCUUCCUCCCAUUCAGUAUCGUAUAAUUGGGCGUCAGGCGUGGAAGAAAAGAAAGGUAAUGGAAAACAAAGUUGGAGGAUCUACUAUAGUACAUCAAAAAAGCAACCAAAUACUAGUACUACCGAAACCCAAAAUGAGUUGGUCGGUUCCCUUUGGAUGGUACUUUUGCAUGCCCAAACGAAUCCGAAGCGACCUCAUGGAACCUAUGCCUUUGGAGUUUGACGAGGAGGAUCAAGUGGAAGUAUUGAAAGACUUUCAGGAGGGUUCGAAGUAG